GUCCCCCCGUGUGUGUCUGCGCCCGUCAUGUCCCGCUCCGGUCGGAGGUACAAGACGCUGCAGCAGAGCGGCUCCCCCCCCGGAUGUGACCGGGUGCGGAUGCCCCGGGCCCGGGUGCUGCUGCUCGGCCUCGUCGGGGUUCUGGUGUUCGCGGUGGUGCUCGGAGUCUACCUGUCAAACGACGUCCCCGAGGGACACAACCGCGUGCCCGCCGCAGACGUCAUCAGAGACCGGUUGUCCCACAAACCCAGCAAGUGCUCCCCGGCUCAAGUCCGCCGUCUGGCCUCUCAGGUGGACGCCAGCCGCCUGUGGGAGACCUACCUGAGGCCCAUCCUGAUAGAGAGGCUCCCGGGGACACCAGGCAGCACGGCCGUACAGCAGCACAUCACCUCCGCUCUGUCCGCGCUGUCCGCCGGCUGGGACGUGGACUUGGACUCCUUCCGGUCUUCGACCCCCCGUGGCCAGGUCACCUUCACCAACAUCGUCGCCACCCUGGACCGCUUGGCCCCGCGGCGGCUGCUCCUGGCCUGCCACUACGACUCCAAGGCCCUGCCUCCGGACCCCCGGGCCCCAGGGAAGGUGUUCCUGGGGGCCAGUGACUCUGCAGUGCCGUGUGCGAUGAUGCUGGAGCUCGUCACCUCUCUGAAUGCCCAGCUUCUCUCGUUCAAGCAGCAGAAGCUGCCAGUGUCUCUUCAGCUGGUGUUCUUUGACGGGGAGGAGGCGUUUGAAGAGUGGACGGACACGGACUCGCUGUACGGCUCCCGUCACCUGGCUGAGCGGAUGGCCGACACGCCUCACCCUGCCGGCGCCGCACACGCCACCAUGCUUCACGCCGUGGACCUUUUUGUGCUGCUAGACCUGCUCGGCGGUCCCGAUCCACUGAUUGCGAAUCACUUUGAUAACACGGCACGCUGGUUCGACCGUCUGAUCGCUGCGGAAAAGAGGCUUCAUCGCCAGGGUCUCUUGACGUCUCACCCCUCAGAGCAGACGUAUUUCAGGAAGGAUGUGUACCUCGGCCCCGUGCAGGACGACCAUAUCCCCUUCCUUCACAAAGGUGUCCCCGUGCUACAUGUCAUCGCCACUCCCUUCCCACAGUUCUGGCACACGCUGGACGACACGGAGGAGAACAUGCACCGUCCCACCGUGGAGAACCUGACCAAGAUCAUAGCUGUGUUUCUGGCCGAAUAUCUGGGCUUCUGAACACGAAACACUGACAAAUAUUCCGUGAAAGGUGGUUACUUUUUUUUUUUUUUUACCCGUACUGGAUUUUUAAAUUAGGAAUAAUUGCUAAAUAACCAGCGUAAAUCUGACCUAAAUGCACAAAUUGAGAAAUUAUUGGGAUACCAGCUAAAACUUUACCAAAGACUUGAGCCCUGCUGGGCCAGACUGCUUUCUUUUUACGGAUGAGUUUGAGGCUUCUGUCCAAAUGUCUCUGGUUGUGAUGUGUAUGGAAAGAGUGUAAAUUAAAAUGUGAAUAGUUGUAUCAUGGAUCCAGAGGAAGAGGAAAAUUGACUCUGAAUUCAAAGACACAA